AUGCCGAAGCAGCUCCUGAAUAGAACCUUCAAUACAGAGGCAUUAGUAGAUCCCUGGAAAACUCAGGACAAAAACCUCGCCCUGCGUAUAGGCUGGAGGAUUUAUAUCGCUAAUCAUGCUGGAAUAUCCGCUUGGGAAAGUGCUCGAUACAGCGAGAAAUCCAGAAUCUACAGCAUUAACAACCUGAUAAAUGGAGGAUCUUGGUGA